CAAAAAUAAAUUUCUAAAUUGCUUCUUCUAUUUGAUCAGUUUUCACAUCUCUCAUUCUUCAAUAUUCAUCUUACAUUUUGAUUCUUUGUUUAAUUUCUGAAAUAAAAAUCCAAAAUGAUCCUUCAUUGUAAUUCUAUCAAAACCAAGCUUAAAAAAACCCAUUCCUCUUACGCUUCACUCUCCUCUCUUCUCAACAACAACAAAAAUAUAUAUGUUUUCACUUGCUGUAAUUAUCACUCACAGAUUAUUCAACAGAAAACUGAUGCAAAUACACACAAUUUUUCGCCCUCUUCAUCAAAAUUACCCACCAAACAAACCCAUCAAUUACCUUCAUAUUACGUCUCUCUUUUGCAAUCUUGCAUAGCCCAUAAAGCCGUAAACCCUGGUAAACAGCUGCAUGCCCAUAUUUUUCACAUGGGUUUUGGAUUUAACCUUUAUUUAGCUACUAAAUUAGUCAAUCUUUAUAGUGUUUGUGAUUCUUUACGUAAUGCACAUCUGUUGUUUGAUAGAAUUCCUAAGGGAAAUUUGUUUCUUUGGAAUGUGCUCAUUCGUGGGUAUGCGUGGAACGGGCCUUAUGAGGUUGCAAUUGAAUUGUAUCAUAGAUUGAUUGAGUAUGGUCUUUCGCCUGAUAAUUUUACUUUCCCGUUUGUGUUAAAAGCCUGUUCUGCGCUUUCGGCUGUUGAAGAAGGGAGGAAAAUUCAUGAAGAUGCUAUAAGAACUAACUGGGAAACGGAUGUGUUUGUUGGGGCUGCGCUUAUUGACAUGUAUGCGAAAUGCAGUUGUGUGGAAAGUGCUAGGGAAGUGUUUGAUAAGAUUUUAGUGAGGGAUGUUGUGUUGUGGAACUCUAUGAUUGCUACUUACGCGCAGAAUGGGAAGCCAGAUGAAUCGCUAGAGUUAUGUAGAAAGAUGGUUUUGACGGGUUUAAGGCCAUCUGAAGCAACUCUCGUGACUGUGAUAUCGGCUUCUGCUGAUACUGCAGCACUUCCUCAAGGGAAGGAGCUUCAUGGGUUUAGUUGGAGACACAGAUUUGAAUCCAAUGAUAAGGUGAAAACUGCAUUGGUUGAUAUGUAUGCAAAAUGUGGUUCUGUGAAGGUUGCAAGGAAAUUGUUUGAGCGGCUUAGGGAGAAGAGGGUUGUUUCUUGGAAUGCGAUGAUUACUGGGUAUGCAAUGCAUGGCCAUGCUACGGAGGCACUGGAAUUGUUUGAGAAAAUGAAGAAUGAGGCUCGGCCUGACCACAUAACUUUUGUGGGUGUUCUAUCUUCUUGUAGCCAUCGUGGUUUGUUAGAUGAGGGAAGGAAUUUUUUUGAAUCUAUGAUGAGGGAUUAUCGUAUUGAUCCGACAGUUCAACAUUAUACAUGCAUGGUUGAUCUUCUUGGCCACUCUGGCCAAUUGGAUGAGGCCUAUAAUCUUAUAAUGCAAAUGAGAGUGAUGCAAGAUUCUGGUGUGUGGGGUGCGUUGAUGAAUUCGUGCAAAAUCCAUGGAUAUGUGGAGUUGGCAGAACUAGCAUUGGAGAAGCUGAUUGAACUUGAUCCAGAUGAUGCCGGGAACUAUGUUAUUUUAUCAAACAUCUAUGCUCAAGCUGGAAAAUGGGAAGGAGUUGCAAGGAUGAGAAAGUUAAUGAUUGACAGGGGAGUUAAGAAAACCAUUGCUUGUAGCUGGAUUGAAGUGAAAAACAAAACUCAUGCAUUUCUUUCAGGAGAUACUUCACAUCCUAAUAGUGACGAGAUAUAUGAAAAAUUAAAGUGGUUGGAAGGACGGAUGAAAGAAGCUGGCUAUGUCCCAGAUACUGGAUCAGUUUUCCAUGAUGUUGAGAAUGAUGAGAAGACAAGCAUGGUUUGUAAUCACAGCGAGAGGCUAGCAAUAGCAUUUGGACUCAUUAGCACACCAGAUAGAACCAGGAUUUUGAUAACCAAGAACCUCAAGAUCUGUGAAGACUGUCAUAUUGCAAUCAAGUUCAUCUCGACAAUUACAGAGAGGGAAAUAAUUGUUAGAGACGUGAAUCGCUACCAUCAUUUUCAUGAUGGGGUGUGCUCUUGUGGUGAUUAUUGGUGAAUGAAACAAGGAGAAGUCUUUUUGAGAUUUCAAAUUUAUGAUUUAUUGUUCAUUUGAGCAGUUACAAUCUGACUAGUAGUCAGAAAAUGAUUGCUGAGAACGGAAAAAGGAAAUCUGUUGGGGAACGGAUCUGAUCUGAAGGAAGCAUAUUUGUUUUAUGAAUUUGUUGAUUUACUCACAGCACCUGGAGUGCAUGGUAUUCAGAAAAUUGGGUCUAGCUUUUCUCUGGCUGCUUUGGAAAAAAUGUAACUCGUGGUUGCUCAAGCUAUGAGAGAAAAUACCCCAUCGGUAGAAAAAACUAUUUGAACGGAGACUGGGGAAGGGAAUCAAUAAUAUUAUAACGGCGGUGGAAGUGAAUGGGAAAAGCACAUCAUUAGCAGAAUGACAGCCACAAAACUUCAGUUAUUUCACUCUCUGGUGUUUUCAGGGAAAUCUUGGUCUUGGUAAAUGAUCAUCCUCUGUGUUUUAACGGCUGUAAAAAUAACAGAAUGCCAAGAUGGUGAAUUCAUGCAUGUUUCAGCAAGUGUAUGAAGUAUCAACUGAGUAUCAGCAGGAUGAGUUGGAGAAGAUCACCGCGAUAUAUGGCUUUUUUUUUUUCCUUUUUGGCAUAUACUCUUUACAACUUUACAAGCAUGACCUAUUAUGUGAAUGUCGCGAAAUGAGAUUAAAACAAUGGAAAACUUUUGGUUCUUGAAUGGUGCAUUAUG